UUAUGUGGCUAUAAAUAGAAAGCUUAAGGUAGAUGUGGUUCAGACUCAGAGUGAGUGAUUGAGAAAAAGAAAAGAGAAAAGAUGAUGUCUCCAUGGCAUGUGAAUGUGAUCCUCUCCACUUUGGUCUUGCUGUGUACAAGAGCAAGAGUGUCCGUAGGCCAGAGCAGGGCGGAAGAGUUUCUGAAGGUCCACAACGAGGCCCGUGCGGAGGUUGGCGUGGGCCCACUCUCAUGGAACCACAGCCUGGAAGCGUACGCUCAGAGGUACGCGAACGAGAGAAUCCCAGACUGCAACCUGGAACACUCCAUGGGACCCUUCGGAGAGAACCUGGCUGAGGGCUACGGCGAGAUGAAGGGUUCGGACGCAGUGAAGUUCUGGCUGACGGAGAAGCCUUACUAUGAUUACCACUCCAACGCUUGCGUCCACGACGAGUGCCUCCACUACACUCAGAUUGUGUGGCGCGAUUCCCUUCAUCUUGGCUGCGCUAAAGCCAAAUGUAACAAUGGCUGGGUCUUUCUCAUUUGCAGCUAUUCGCCUCCCGGGAACAUCCAAGGGGAACGACCUUAUUAGAUUCCUACCAUCUGUGUCUAUUAAUGUUACUUUUUUUUUUUUUUUUUUUU